AUGGAGUUUACUGUUAAUGGGCAUUCAUAUUGUUUGGCUAGUUCUCCUUCUCCAGCUAUAGUUCCUCAAGCCAUUUCUAGUCUUCAAAUGGAGAAGUUGUUGACUGAUGGCUUAUGUGGAGUGGUUUUAUGUCUCUUACAAUCAUCUGAUAGUAUUUCUUCAGCGGUGUUAACUGUUUCUCAGCAAGAAGAUUUGGAUAUUUUACUCUCUGCUUAUAGCAGUAUCUUCCAUGCCCCUACCACUUUACCGCCUUCUCGCAGUCAGGAUCACAGAAUUCCUUUGGUGGAGGGUUGUAAGAUUCCAAGUAGCAGACCUUAUAAGUAUGGUCCCUUCCAGAAGGAUGAAAUUGAGAAGUGUGUGAAGGAAUUACUGGAUGCAGGUUUCAUCAGACCCAGUCACAGCCCAUUCUCUUCUCCUGUUUUACUAGUGAAGAAGAAGGAUGACACCUGGAGGAUGUGUAUGGACUAUCGAGCUUUGAAUCUGGUCACCAUUAAGGAUAAGUAUCCCAUUCCCCUUAUUGAUGAGUUGUUAGAUGAGUUGCAUGGUGCUCAAUAUUUUUCCAAGUUAGACUUACGAGCAGGCUAUCAUCAGAUUAAGGUUCAUCCUCAAGACAUUGAAAAAACAGCAUUUAGAACUUAUGAUGGUCAUUACGAGUUUUUAGUAAUGCCAUUUGGUUUAACUAAUGCUCCAGCCUCUUUUCAAAGUCUCAUGAAUGAAGUUUUCCGGCCUUAUCUCAGGAAAUUUAUUUUGGUCUUCUUUGAUGAUAUUUUAGUCUAUAGCCCUUCUUGGGAAUUGCACAUUCAUCAUUUGAAAUUGGCCUUUGAUCUGCUGCAACAACACCAAUUAUUUGUGAAGCAGUCUAAAUGUGCAUUUGGCCAAACACAAAUUGAAUAUCUUGGUCAUGUUGUCUCAAAGGAAGGAGUCUCUGCAGAUCCAUCUAAACUUCAAGCUAUUGUGGAUUGGCCUGUGCCUAAGUCUGUCAAAGCUCUUAGGGGAUUCCUUGGUCUCACAGGAUAUUAUCGGAAAUUUGUCCCAAAUUAUGGCAAGAUCAGUGGCCCCCUUACUCAAUUAACGAAGAAGGAUGGGUUUCAUUGGACUCCAGAAGCUACAGCAGCAUGUCACCAACUUAAACAACUUAUGUUGUCUCCUCAAGUGCUAGCCCUGCCAGAUUUUACUCAGACUUUUGUUAUUGAGAGUGAUGCUUCUGGCAAUGGUAUUGGGGCUGUUUUACAGCAGAAUGGCAAGCCUAUUGCUUUUACUAGCAAGGCUAAGGUCCACGAAAUCAAGCUUUAUCGACUUAUGAAAGAGAAAUGA